AUGGAUAUCGAACAAAAGCAAGAAGAGCACAUCGAGUACUUCGUCAAGCAAGCCUCGCUACACAAAGGCCCUUCCCUUGCCAAUAUCAUCGUUGAAGCCACUUCCCAUCCCUCUCUCUUCGCCUUUUCCGAGAUUCUCGCCGUUCUCAACGUUCUCGAGCUUCAAGGAACUGAGCAUUCUGUGUACCUUGAUAUGCUUCGUAUGUUUUCCCACGGCACGUGGAGUGAAUACAAGAGUAAUGCUGGCCGUCUUCCACAAUUGGUGCCCGAUCAAGUCCUCAAGUUAAAGCAACUUACUGUCCUCACGCUGGCUGAGACGAACAAGGUACUUCCAUAUGAUGUACUGGUGCAGGAGUUGGAUGUUACAAAUGUGCGUGAGCUCGAAGAUUUUCUAAUCAAUGAGUGCAUGUAUGUGGGUAUUGUUAGAGGAAAGCUGGAUCAGUUGCAAAGAUGCUUUGAGUUAUGUGAGCAAAAGGAAGUGCUGGAUGUGGCAUCCGAGGCUGCCGACUCUUUGUUGUAUAUGCUAUGUGGAGCUAGCGUUGGAGAUGAGAGUGAGGGUGUUCAGCGCUGA